AUGGAAAAAGAGAAAGUAAAUGAUGAUAAUGAUGGAAAACCAGACCCAGGAAAUUCCUUGGAUUUUUCUGAACAAUUUAACCAACUUGAACUGUUAGAAACACACAGGCAUCUAAUUCCUACUGGGACCCAGAGUGUCUGGGCAGACAAUUCUGAUGAAGACGAAGAUCAAGAACAAAGAACUGAAGAGUGGUUUCAGCUGCAAGAAAAAAAGAUGGAAAAAGAUCCAAGCAAAUUGCUUCUUUGGGCUGCAGAACAAAAUCGGCUGACUACAGUGCGGAAACUACUAUCUGAAAAGGCCACACACGUGAACACAAGAGAUGAAGAUGAAUAUACCCCCCUUCACCGAGCAGCCUAUAGCGGACACUUGGAUGUCGUCCGGGAGCUGAUUGCCCAGGGGGCAGACGUGCACGCGGUCACUGUGGAUGGCUGGACACCACUUCAUAGUGCAUGUAAGUGGAACAACACCAGAGUGGCUUCUUUCCUGCUGCAGCAUGAUGCAGAUAUCAAUGCACAGACUAAAGGCCUCUUGACCCCCUUGCAUCUUGCUGCUGGGAACAGAGACAGCAAAGACAUCCUGGAACUCCUGCUGAUGAACCGCUACAUCAACCCGGGCCUCAGAAGCAAAUUGGAUGAAACGGCUUUGGAUGUGGCCAGGAGAAUGAGCAUUUACCACUACCUCUUUGAAAUUGUGGAAGGCUGCACAAAUUCUUCACCUCAAUGUUAA